AUGAGCAAAGAUUGGGACACUAUCCAACCGGCAGCCCAAUCACCACUACCGUAUUCUACAAUCAGUGAACUCAUGAAAACUUCGGCAAUGUUUAACGGUAGUAAAACAGAAAAACCAACAAGACGAAGACAAAACGAAACAUUCAAGUGCCAUGUCUGCGAGUCUUACAUCAAGGCUUACAACUUUGACUAUUACAAAAGAAGUAAUCAUGCCAUCAUUCAUACGGGAUUGCAAAGGUAUAUCUGUCCUGUCGAGGGAUGCGGUGCCAAGACGCGUCAUCGGUCUAACAUGGUUGUGCAUGCAAGAACAGCGCAUGGAUUGACGGGCAAGAUCGAAAUAGAAAAUUGCCUUCUGCCCCAUGAAGAGGAUGAGCUGAAACGAACAGUUAUUCUUUGCUUCCCUGAAAUGACAAAUACAGUUCUGAGACCACCUAUGAAAAAUAAAUACUCUGAAACUCAUAAUAAAACUGUCAAACUUGACCUGAAUACAUCGAAAAAUGUAUACAACUUAAAUAUACAUAUAUUACUAUUGUCCGAAAUCAAUGCACGNUGCGGCCGAGAAAACAACGGGGGGCGGAGCUUAGCUCCCACAGAGAUAACCUUACUGUAUUUUUCAAAUUAUUGCACGCGCCUUUAA